AUGGUUCUAAAGUUUCUCAAUCUGGAUGAUUCAACUGUAAUUUCCUUCUCACUGUCGGUACCGCCAACAACGAUGAUUUAUCAUGAAAAGAAUUUUGAGACAAUAGAUGCAUUGCCAACUUUAGUCCUCUUUCUCUCUGGUAAAAGCACAGAGGAAAUUACUGAAGAUGUGCCUGAACCAAUGGCCAAGAACGAAAAUACAGAUCUCCAUCCCCCGCGUUAUGAUACACCAGCACUGACCAACGCACCAAAUGCACUCCCCAGCACUUGA